UGCAGGUGGAGCGAGUCGGCCAGGACUCACAUCUGUCUUGAAGGAGAGAGGGGGUAAAGAAAACCUUCGAUCUGGUCUCCUCUACGCUCUGGAUAAAAAAAAAAAGAAACAAAGAAGCGUGAACUGCUACAGAUUUAUCCAGGGAUCUUUACAAACCUCCCCAAGACUGGAGGAUAUUAUCCUUGCAGGAAUUGCUGCAAAACACAAGUCCCCAAACGACUACUCGUUGGCACUGUUUAUCAUCUGGAUGAGGCUAUGCAGAUUGAGGCUUUCCAAGAACUUUGAAUAUCUCCAUCUGCAACAAUCAUGAUGGGACCCAUUUCCGCGUAAAGCUUCGUAGUCCUACCAUUUCAAGAGAAGAAUGGGUUUGCGCUGAAACCAUGAACGCAUCGGUUGCUUUAGCAGACACGAGCAGACUAGUCUCCUCCACGGUUCCCUCACUCUUUUGCUCGUUUUCUUCUACUUGCAUUCCCCUAAAAGAAAGAUCAUAAUCAGAUAACUCUUCCCCCAAGCGUUUGGCGCCAGCUCAAAUUUCCUCAAAAAUGAACUGCGAUCUGGAUUCUAGAGACUAAGAUUCUAUUUUCAUCCCAGGAUAGACAGCUGUGUUGAAAUUAUCAUAUUCCCCCCUCUUUUACUUUCCCGCUAUUCCUCAUUCCUUUCCUCCAAUUCCCAGAGGCACCAACUGAUGGAGAGACGAAGGAGAGAGUCAGGACAAGGACAAGAAUUAUAGCCCCACUGAGAAAAGGAACAAACUGCUGAUUCUUCAAGAAAAUUGGAGUAGGGCCACUGCAAGGAUUACUAUACUCGGUGAGCUUGAUAUCCCACUUCAGUGAUAAAUAAUACCUUUUUGAUUACAUUUGAAAUCUAUUAGCCACAACAAAGCUAGACGUUACCUCUGGGGUGCAUUAGACCUGUAAGGCAUCAAGUAGAAAAGGGGACAUUUGGGAACUUUGAGCAUGAAAAGGGGGUUACGAUUCCUGGGUUGGCCCCUGUGGCCUAUAGCCCUCAUCAGCCUACUCACUACAGUGGAGAUGCUAGAAUUUGGUGGGGCGCCUGGCCAGUGGGCCCGCUAUGGACGCUGGGAAGCUGGAUCAGUGGGCGAGCUGAGUUUCAGUCUCAAGACCAACAUCAGCAAAGCCUUAGUACUCUACCUGGAUGAUGGCGGCAACUGCGACUUCUUGGAGCUUUUGAUAGCAGGCGGGCGCCUCCAGCUGCGCUUUGCCAUCCACUGUGCCGAGCCGGCCACGUUGCACAUGGAGACACGGGUGAACGAUGACCGCUGGCACAUGGUCUUGCUGACCCGCAACUUCCGUGAGACCCUCCUGAUGGUUGAUGGGGAGACAAAAGUAGCCGAGGUCAAGUCCAAGAGGAAGGAGAUGGCAGUGGUCAGCGACCUGUUUGUGGGCGGCAUUCCACCUGAUGUGCGCCUCUCUGCCCUUACGUCCAGCACAGUGAAGUACGAGCCACCGUUCCUGGGAUUGAUCUCCAAUCUGAAGGUGGGGGAGAUGCCUCCUACUUUGUUAAACAGCCAGGGCAUUCAGAGCGACCUGGAGUACCUCUGCACCAAGCAGAACCCGUGCUUCAAUGGAGGGUUUUGCUCAAUUGAGUUUGGAGAAGUUCACUGCGACUGUAUCCACACCAGCUUCAGGGGGAAGUACUGCAAGGAAGGUCUGGCGCACCUGACGUUAAACGACCAAGGUAAGGAAGAGUCAGUAGCCACCUUCAAGGGCAACGAGUUCUUCUGCUACGACCUGUCGCUGACGCCCAUCCAGAGCAGCACCGACGAGAUCACGCUGUCCUUCCGCACGCUGCAGCGCAACGGCCUCAUGCUGCACACCGGCAAAUCGGCAGACUACGUGAACCUGUCCCUGAAGAGCGGCGCCGUUUGGCUGGUCAUCAACCUGGGCUCGGGGGCGUUCGAGGCCCUGGUGGAGCCCGUCAACGGCAAGUUCAACGACAACACCUGGCACGAUGUGCGCGUCACCCGCAACCUGCGCCAGCACGCAGGCAUUGGACACGCUAUGGUGACCAUCUCAGUGGAUGGUAUACUGACCACCACUGGUUACACCCAGGAAGAUUACACCAUGUUGGGUUCAGAUGACUUCUUCUACAUCGGAGGGAGCCCCAACACCGCCGACCUGCCCGGAUCACCAGUCAGCAACAACUUCAUGGGCUGCCUUAGAGAUGUGGUGUACAAAAACAACGACUUCAAGCUGGAGCUGUCACGGCUGGCCAUCGAUCGAGACCCUAAAAUCAGCCUUAAUGGCGACUUGGUGUUUCGCUGCGAGGACGUGGCCGCCCUGGACCCCGUCACCUUUGAGACCCCCGAGUCCUUCAUCUCCCUGCCCAAGUGGAACGCCAAAAAGAUGGGAUCUAUCUCCUUCGAUUUCCGCACUACGGAGCCCAGCGGGCUCUUGCUCUUCAGCCAUGGCCGUCCUCAGGGUCCCAAAGAGCAGAAGCCUGGUCGGGAGCUGAAGACUGAUUACUUCGCCAUGGAGCUGCUGGAGGGGUAUUUGUACCUGCUGAUCGAUAUGGGCUCUGGAGAAACAAAGCUGAGGGCCAGCAACAAGAAGGUUAAUGACGGAGAGUGGUGCCAUGUGGAUUUCCAGAGGGAAGGGAGGAAAGGCUCCAUCUCAGUCAACAGCCGCAGCAUGCCCUUCAGCUCCCCAGAGGGCAGUGAAAUCCUGGACCUGGACAGCGAAAUGUACCUGGGUGGGCUGCCCGAGUCGAAGUCGGACCUCAUUCUGCCGCCAGAGGUCUGGACGGCGCUGCUUAACUAUGGCUACGUAGGCUGCAUGCGUGACCUCUUCAUCGAUGGAAAGAGCCGCGAUGUUCGCCGUCUGGCUGAGAUCCAGAGCGCGUUUGGGGUCAGCAGUUUCUGCACCCGGGAACUGCAGAAGAGGUGCAGCAGCGCCCCCUGUGGCAACACAGGCCUGUGCAAAGAGGGCUGGAACCGCUACAUCUGUGACUGCAUCGGCACCGGAUACCUCGGUACCAACUGUGAGAUAGAGGCGACGGUGCUGAGUUAUGACGGCAGCAUGUACCUGAAGAUCAUAGUGCCGGUCACCAUGCACACGGAGGCGGAGGACCUGGCGCUGCGCUUCAUGUCUCAGCGGGCGUACGGCCUGCUCAUGGCCACCACCUCCAAGGAGUCAGCAGACACCCUGCGGCUGGAGCUGGACGGAGGCCGCGUCAAGCUCACCGUGAACCUCGAUUGUAUCAGGAUAGACUGUAGCCUCAGCAAAGGACCUGAGACGCUGUUUGCGGGGCAGAAGCUGAACGACAAUGAGUGGCACACAGUGAAGGUGGUGCGCAGAGGCAUGAACCUGCAGCUGUCUGUGGAUAAUGUCACAGUGGAAGGCAAGAUGACUGGUGCCCACACACGUCUGGAGUUCCACAACAUUGAGACGGGCAUCAUGACGGAGCGGCGCUUCAUAUCUGUGGUGCCCUCAAACUUCAUUGGCCAUCUCCAGGGCCUGACCUUCAACGGGUUGCCCUAUUUAGACCAGUGCAAAAAUGGCGACAUCUCGUACUGUGAACUGAACGCCCGCUUUGGCAUGCGCCACAUCAUUGCAGAUCCGGUGACGUUUCGAACGAAAGGCAGCUACUUAGCGUUAGCCACUUUGCAAGCUUACGCCUCGAUGCACCUCUUCUUUCAGUUUAAAACCACCACGCCCGACGGCCUGAUGCUCUUCAACUCUGGAGACGGUAGUGACUUCAUAGUCGUAGAACUGGUGAAAGGAUUUGUCCACUACGUCUUUGAUCUGGGCAAUGGGCCGUCGCUGAUGAAGGGCAACUCAGACAAGACCCUCAAUGACAACCAGUGGCACAACGUGGUGGUGUCCCGGGACGCCAGCAAUGUACAUACCCUCAAGAUCGACUCACGCACCGUUACACAGCACUCCAAUGGAGCCCGCAACCUGGACCUCAAAGGGGAGCUGUAUAUCGGUGGUGUGACAAAGAGCAUGUACAGCAACCUGCCCAAGCUCAUCGCCUCCCGGGACGGGUACCAGGGCUGCCUGGCCUCCGUGGACCUGAACGGGAGACUCCCCGACCUGAUCGCAGACGCCCUCCACAGAGUGGGGCAGGUGGAACGAGGCUGCGAUGGACCCAGUACCACCUGUACGGAGGAGUCUUGCUACCAUCAGGGGGUGUGUCUCCAGCAGUGGGAGGGCUUCACCUGUGACUGCACCAUGACGUCCUAUGGAGGUUCAUUUUGCAACGAUCCUGGGACAACUUACAUCUUCGGGAGAGGAGGAGCCCUCAUCACAUAUACCUGGCCCCCCAAUGACCGGCCGAGCACACGGGCAGACCGGCUGGCAGUGGGCUUCAGCACGCAGCUGAAGGAGGCCGUCCUGGUCAGGGUGGAGAGCGCCAAGGGACUGGGGGACUACCUGGAGCUGCACAUAGAACGGGGAAAGAUCGGCGUGAUCUUCAACGUGGGAACAGACGACAUAAUCAUCGAGGAGAGCGCAGUGAUGGUGAGCGACGGCAAAUACCACGUGGUGCGAUUCACACGGAGUGGUGGUAAUGCCACGCUACAGGUGGACAACCAGCCGGUCAUCGAACGUUUCCCUUCAGGGAACUUUGAUAAUGAGCGCCUGGCUAUUGCUAGACAAAGAAUCCCAUACCGACUUGGUCGGGUAGUUGACGAGUGGCUACUCGACAAAGGUCGCCAGUUGACCAUCUUCAACAGCCAGGCGUUCAUCAAAAUAGGUGGUGGAGAGAAGGGGCGCCACUUCCAGGGUCAGAUCUCUGGCUUGUAUUAUAACGGCCUGCAGGUGCUCAAACUGGCAGCCGAGGGCGACCCCAACGUCCAGAGCCAGGGCAACCUGCGGCUGGUGGGGGACGUGCCCUCGGUGCUCACCACUGACACCACCUCCACCACCCCGCUGGCUGAUAUGUCCACCACAAUCAUGGAGACCACCACCACCAUGGCCACAACCACCACCCGCAAACAGCGCUCGCCCACCAUGAGGGACAGUGUCACACAGAAUGCGGAUGACCUCUUGGUAGCAUCAGCUGAGUGUCCUAGCGAUGACGAAGAUUUGGAGGAGUGUGAGCCUGGAAAUGGAGGUGAAUUAGUGUUGCCCAUAAUAACGGUGGACUCCUUAGCCCCCCCAUCCAUCGCCACACGCUACCCAGUAAUCCCCCCACCCCCCACCACCUACCGCCCUUUCCUCACCUUGCUCGAAACCACCAAAGAGUCCUUCCCCCUGCCAAACGGCCGGCCCCCCUGCUCCCUGGACCAGGAGGACUGCGGGGAGACCAUCGAGGUGUCGGCGUACGGCUCGGGGGAGAUGACCGAGUCUGAUGACGAGGACUAUUACAAAAACUCCCCCCUGGUCACCGACAGGACUGUCCUCCCCCCUCCCCCAGGUGUGGAGGGCAGUGUCCAGAACCCCCGGGACCGCCAUUUCUCCCGCUCGCCCAACUCCCACCGCCCCCCCCUGUACUCCACCCCCACAGCCAACCCCGAGCAGCUCAGCCCCCACAUCAAGCCGGCUGCCGGCGGCAGCAGCAGCAGCAACAACAAGAUUCCCGCUGGGAAACUGAACACCCGGGACCAGGUGCUGCUGCCGCCGGCCCACCCCUCCUCAGACCCGGGACACCGCAGAGUCCCAGGAAUAACAUACCCACCCAAUUUCCCCCAUGUUCCCACUCCAGACCCCACGUCUCCUGAGCGGGGGCUCCCGGGCGCCGUGGAGGUGCAGCAGUCCAGCAGCACCACGGGGAUGGUGGUGGGCAUCGUGGCCGCCGCCGCCCUCUGCAUCCUCAUCCUGCUCUACGCUAUGUACAAGUACCGCAACCGCGACGAGGGGUCCUACCAGGUGGACCAGAGCCGCAACUACAUCAGUAACUCAGCCACGCAGAGCAACGGAGCGCUGGUGAAGGAGAAACAGCCCAGCACUGCCAAGACGGUCACCAAGAACAAGAAGAACAAAGACAAAGAGUACUACGUCUGAGAGCCGCCGCGACACACAGAGACAGACAGCAGCUGCACCUAGAGAAGGGAGGAGACCAGAGAGAGGAGGGGGAGAGAAAGGCAAACAGAACAGAGGGUCAUUCAUUUCCUACUCAGUAUUGUCUGGUGGCCAUACAUUACCUAUUCAAGUCUAAUCAGAGGGAGGCAGCAGGUGACAUCAUGCUUCUGCUCCAGCAUCUCUUAGAUUGAUUUACUUCUUAUUAAAUGUUAACCACGGGGUGGAAUUAAGGAAAGGCCUCACAUCUCCACACAUACUGUGCCAACGACCAUGUACCAAAUGCUGAUAAAACAGUGAUUUAUGUCUCAGCACAUGACAGGUUCAUUAAUAUCUAGAGUACUGUAGAAAGCACCACCAUCAGUAUUUGUGUCAUGGUCUGUCCGUCAUUUUGAGGCGAGCUCGAGUUCCCCUCCGACAGUAUCAACAUCUUAUUUUCCACCUGUUUGAAUGAGUAACUCGACAUGGCUCUGUAAAAUCAAUAUACUGCCAGCUUACAGGAACAUCGUGUCAAACCCAGCUCCCCCUCUGGAAGUGUUCCACGUCUCUGAUCUCUUACCUCCCGUCGCAUCUCUCUCUCUCUCUCUCUUCCUCUCGUCGGAUCGUGCGCUCUGUUUCUCUCCUCGUCCGGUGCUCAGCGGCCGAUGCAACGUAAACUCUGCCGUGUUUCAAGCAUGUAGUAUUCAUUUACGAAAAAGAGAUAAAAACUGUUUUUCUUUCUGUGGAGUUUAAAAAAACAAAAAAUACGAUGAUUGAUGAUCAUAACAACGUUAAACGUAGCAAUUAUGUGAGAUACCACCGCUCCAACAUACCGGAUGCUAACUUGUACGUUUAGCCGCCAAAAACUUGUUGAGGCCAACCCCCUUGGUCGUCCUUUGUUCCAGCAGAUCUGUGUCAUGUGUUUCGAGGCUCCGAGGCGCCUCCUAGUGGGCCAGAAGAGAAACUGUGUCACGUCCUUACUAAUAACCGAAAAACUGAAAAAACUGAAAAAACCUCCAGCAGUCAAGAUGAACUCUGUUCUAUAUCAUUAUAAUUAUAUGUAUAGACGUUGCAGAAACUAUGGACCUAAAGCUUGAGCGAGUGGAAAGGAGAGUACGCUGUUAAUGCACAGCAAGACAGACUUUAGGAUUUGUGACGUCAGAACAGUAACACAGCCCCCCCCCCCCCCCCCCUCAUGAACAGUACGGCUGAUGCAGCCAUGCUGCAAGACUCCGUCACUUUGGUUUGCUCUUUUCUUUUUUAUUUGAGUCUCUGGUGACAUGAGACAUUUUAGGGAAAUUCCUAAUCAAUUCUUGCUGGAGUUCUGCUGAGGAGAGACAUACCUUGCAGCUGAAGAAGCGACUGUGUCUUCCCCCCCCCCCCCCCCCCCCCCCCCAGCCUGUCUGGACUGAUGGCAGCCAAUGGGCAAAGCAAACUCUGUGGGAAGAGCACACAAACGGCAGUUCCCUGGAAGAUGUACAGCAGAACUCUAGUAUUCCAAUUUUCUCAACUCUAUUAAAAAAGAAAACUGUACCAUGAAAAGAAAAGAAAAACCCUGAAAAAAGUUUGUGAAAUGUCUAAAUAUUUGACUCUCAUCCCAUUACUAAGAGAAGUGUGUUUCCCCUACUAUCAUUCCUGUUUGGAGAAAAAAAUUACUAUGAUUCUGGGAAACUGAAAUGUCUAUGUAUUUUCUUUUGGUAAUUGAGCAAAUGUGAUUUGGAUUAUGAAAUGAAACCAUGAAUUCUCCUUUUAUUCCAUCUGUCAUCCUCGAUCGAAUUUUUCGUCCUGCAUCUAUUCCUUUUUCUCUGUAUGACACAUCGUAUGUCCCCAUACCGUGUGGAACAAGGCUCUGUCCAUCCUUCAUGUCUUUUUUUGAUUUCUUUUAUAUCUAAUUCUGUCUUCACGGCCAGAGACGAGAUGGAAGCCAUUUCAUUUGACAGGCUCCAUCAAUUCACUGUCCUGCCACGUUCGUCUGGUUUCUCCAUCCCCAGCAUACUCCUCCCAGUAUCUUCCUGUUCUUUCUAAAUGUUAUUGUAAAGUGUUCCAGUGAGAUGACUCUAAAUAUGUGUACAUUAACAGAGGGAAUACACUUGGUUAUAUACUUCUUA